AUGGAAUCAAGCGAUGAAGAUGAAACGGUUGACGGGAACCUGGAGGAGUUGAAAGUCGACUUGUAUGGUAAUAUGAAACUGUCGUGCAGGGAUGACAGCAGCAACGAUAGCAGCAACGAUGAGUCAGAAUCAGAUGAGAGAGGAGGGAGAAUGCAGAGAGAGGACCAAGUGUAUGAAAUUGUCUUGGACUCCUCCGAUGAGGAGGGUGAUGAAGAGCUGUACCGUCCUGUAUUCCCAAAACAAUCUGAGACAGUAAAGGUGGUCAGAAAACAAACUGAUGCUCCUCCCGCCACAAAAGCAAACAGGGUCUCUAUCGAAAGUGUCAAUAACAAACUGGAGGCUAAGGAAGGCAACAAAGUAGAAAGUCUGUCGUCCUGCUCAUCUGAUGACGAUGAAAUGGAGUUCACGAUGAAGCUUACGUGA